CGCAGUUUUGCAAUUUACUCUUUGAAUUAUGAUCAAUCACUUUAAUUCUCUUCUAAUACAGUUACACCUUUCCCUCUUAAUAAAUUUCAAAAAGUUCGUUUUUGUAAACACAUUCUCAUGAACAAAUCUUUGAAGCUCAAAUGUUGUUUACAAUCCCCACUCUUGUUUACUACAAAACACCUCAAAUGUAUCACCACUUUACCCAUAUUUUCCCCACAAGACCACCUCCAUCUCUUCUUCGAUCGCAACAACGCCAACUCAAUCCACCAAGAUUACGAGCUUUCUCUCGUCACAGCAUUGAAAUCCUGCGCAGCCCUUUUCGCCGUUUCGCAAGGCGAGCAAAUCCAUGGCCUCAUUUUGAAGUCCGGGUUCAUGUCGAAUAUUUUCGUGCAAAAUAGUUUGAUUAAUCUUUAUGCGAAAUGUGGCAAAUUGGGUUGUGCUGAAUUGAUGUUUGAUUCUUGUGGUGUGGUUGAUUUUGUGUCAUCUAAUAUUAUGGUUUGUGGGUAUGUGAGGAUGGGCCGGUUGGAUGAUGCACGGAAGGUGUUUGAUGAAAUGCCGAAGAGAGGGGCUGUUACGUAUACGACUAUGAUCAUGGGGUUGGCUAAGAAGAAAUGUUGGGGUGAAGCUGUUGAGCUGUUUAGGGAUAUGAGGUUGGCGGGUGUUAUGCCUAAUGAAGUGACAAUGUCGAGUGUUAUAUCGGCUUAUUCGCGUAUUAAGGGGGUUAAGAAUGGGAAUGUGAUUCAUGGGUUUGUUGUUAAGAUUGGUCUUGCAAGUUUUGGUCUUGUUUUGACUAAUUUGGUGAAUAUAUAUUGUGUUUCGUUGUGUUUGUGGGACGGAAGAAGGUUAUUUGAUGAGAUGGCGGAGAAGAAUAUAGUUACGUGGAAUGUUAUGUUGAAUGGAUAUGCUAAGGCUGGGUUUGUUGAUUUGGCUAGGGAUUUGUUUGACAGGAUUCCUGAUAAAGAUGUGGUUUCUUGGGGUACGUUAAUUGAUGGGUAUGUACAAGUAGGAAGGUUGAAUGAUGCAUUGAUAAUGUAUCGGGAAAUGCUCAGCAGUGGGCUGGUUCCUAAUGAAGUGAUGGCUGUAGAUCUAAUUUUAGCUUGUAGACAAGCGAUGGCAUUUGGUACAGGUCGGCAGCUUCAUGGUGUAUCUGUAAAACUGGGAUUUGACAAUUACGACUUCAUGCAGGCGACGAUUAUAAAUUUUUAUGCAGCUUCCCAGGAAAUCGUUCUAGCUCAACUGCAGUUUGAACUAGGAAAUAAGGCACAUAUAGAAUCAUGGAAUGCCCUUAUUUCAGGAUUUAUAAAAAAUGGAAUGAUCGAACCUGCACGAAAUUUAUUCAACAAAAUGCCUGAAAGAGAUGUGCUUUCAUGGAGCUCCAUGCUUGCUGGCUAUGCACAACAUGAGCAGCCGAAUUUGGCUUUGGAACUCUUCAAUGAAAUGGUCUUUAGUGAGUUCAGACCAAAUGAAAUUACUAUGGUUAGUGUCCUAUCUGCAGUAGCCACUCUGGGCUCCUUGAGUUAUGGAAGAUGGGCUCAUGAAUACAUUCAAAAUAAUUCAAUCCCACUUAAUGACAAUCUAAUUGCAGCUAUCAUUGACAUGUAUGCCAAAUGUGGGAGCAUCGAAACUUCUGUAGAUUUCUUUUACCAAAUCAGAUACAAAAUAAAAUCCAUAUCCCCAUGGAAUGCUAUUAUAUGUGGUCUGGCCAUGCACGGGCAUGCAAAGUUGUCUCUCGAUAUUUUUUCUGAUUUACAAAGGUGUAGUCACAAACUCAAUUCCAUAACCUUUAUUGGAGUGUUGACUGCAUGUUGUCAUGCUGGGUUGGUAGAUGAAGGGAGGGAACACUUUAGGAAUAUGAAGGAUAUAUACAACAUAAAUCCAAACAUUAAACACUAUGGUUGUAUGGUGGAUCUUUUAGGUAGAGCUGGGAGAUUAGAAGAAGCUGAGGAAUUAAUAGGAAGAAUGCCUAUGAAGGCAGAUUUUGUGAUCUGGGGCACUUUGUUAGCAGCAUGUAGAAUGCAUGAUAAUGUGGAAGUAGGAGAAAGGGCUGCUCUGAGUUUGGCAAGAGUGGAACCAACCCAUGGUGCAGGAAGAGUUCUUCUGUCAAACAUUUAUGCUGAGGCGGGGAGGUGGGAAGAUGUAGGUUCAGUUAGACAAGCAAUGCAAAGCCAACGACUGACCAAGUUGCCUGCAUACAGCGGAGUAUUAUGAUGCAGUAUGUAUUCCAUCAGUUGUUCCAAAGAUUACAUUUAUUUAUAUUCAUUUGAAAACAAUUUGCUUUUUGGGCAAUGGACUCGAGUUGCGUGGGAACCACCAAGAAUUCACAUGCAUUGAACAAGUCAACCCUUGCUUUGUUGCUGUCUGUCAGGUUCUUUCAUUUGUAAAAAUUAUUGUACAAUACAUGUAAACAAAUCCAGUCAAUAAUUACCAAAUUUUGAUAACUGGACUUAUAAAUAAGCUUCAUAUAUAUACA